UUAGCCCCCAGCAUCCCUCAUUCUCUCUGACCACCCCCUCCACAGGAUCAGCAGUAAUUGUCUCCAGUACAGCUAGACUUAUACUAAUCAUGGAUAAUAAGAAUAUGGCUCCCUUUCCAGAAAUGGAGAACCAUGUGGACGUCACAAGCCUCCCAGUUGUCUCAAAACAGUCUGGUUUGAGCACAGAAAAUUCCAAUGGUAACGACACCGAAGAUUUACCUCCAUCAUACUCUACCCUUAACCUGUAUAAUGAAAAAGUUGAAGAAGAGAAAGAGUUUGAUCCGUGGGAUAUGCCAGAAUUGAAGGACACAGGAAUGAAGUGGUCAGAAAUGAAUACAAAGCAACGUAUAGUAUCGGUGUUACUGGGGAUCACAAAGUUUAUUCUCUUGAUUGCGUUGCUCUAUUUCUUUGUUUGCUCAUUGGAUGUUUUGAGCUCCGCUUUCCAGUUAGUUGGAGGAAAAGCCGCAGGAGACAUUUUUAAGAACCACUCUGUGUUGUCCAAUCCCGUCGCUGGCCUUGUUAUUGGCGUGUUGGUGACUGUCCUGGUACAAAGCUCCAGUACUUCCACUUCAAUAGUGGUCAGCAUGGUUUCCUCUGGGAUUUUAACAGUCAGAACAGCCAUUCCGAUCAUUAUGGGAGCCAACAUUGGUACUUCUGUCACAAAUACCAUCGUAGCUUUAAUGCAAUCUGGAGAUCGCAAUGAGUUUAGAAGGGCAUUUGCUGGCGCCACUGUCCACGAUUUUUUCAACUGGCUUUCCGUGCUCAUUCUGUUGCCAAUAGAAGUGGCUUCAGGGUAUUUGUACCACCUCACCAAUGCUAUCGUCACGUCAUUCAACAUCCAAACAGGAGAGAAUGCCCCGGACAUGCUUAAAGUUAUCACAGAGCCUCUCACUAAAGGAAUCAUUCAGCUUGAUAAAAAGGUUAUAGAAGAUAUUGCAGCAGGGAACGAAGCAGCACAAAACAAAAGUCUGAUUAAGAGUGUUUGCGGCUAUACGAAUGAAAGUUUGUCGAUGGAUGUGAAUUGCACAUUCAGCAACUGCAUGGCUCCAAUAAAGUGCUCACACUUAUUUGCAAACACCAGUCUACCAGAUCUGGCUGUGGGGCUAAUACUGCUGGCGUUGUCUCUGUUCGUCCUGUGCUUGUGUCUCAUAUUGAUUGUCAAGCUUCUGAAUUCCAUGCUCAAAGGACAAGUAUCCGUUGUCAUUAAGAAGAUCCUCAACACAGAUUUUCCCUUCCCAUUCUCCUGGUUAACUGGAUACCUGGCUAUGUUAGUUGGUGCUGGAAUGACAUUUAUUGUUCAGAGUAGUUCUGUUUUUACCUCUGCGUUAACUCCCCUUAUAGGAAUUGGAGUUAUCAGUAUAGAAAGAGCUUAUCCACUGACUCUUGGUUCUAAUAUUGGAACAACAACUACUGCUCUACUAGCUGCCCUGGCCAGUUCGGGUGCAACAUUACAAAAUUCCGUGCAGAUUGCGUUAUGUCAUUUCUUCUUCAAUAUAUCUGGUAUCCUUAUUUGGUAUCCCAUCCCUUUCAUGCGCAUUCCUAUUCGAUUAGCUAAAGGACUGGGUGACAAGACUGCCAAAUACAGAUGGUUUGCUGUCGUCUAUCUAAUCUUGUGCUUCUUCUUGUUGCCAUUGCUGGUAUUUGGCUUAUCAAUUGCAGGAUGGCAGGUCCUAGUAGGAGUUGCUGUACCAAUUGUGUUUGUCAUUAUUGUAGCAAUUGUGGUCAACCUUAUGCAAAAAAAAUGUCCACGAUUUCUGCCCAACUUCUUAAAAACAUGGGAAUUUUUGCCCAAAUGGAUGCACUCGAUGAAGCCCUGGGACUCCUGGAUGCGUGUCAGCUCAGUGUUCUGUGGGCGAUAUCUCUGCUGUUGCUGUAAAAAAUGUAAAUGCUGUAAGUGUUGCCAAGACAAGAAGGAUGAAGAAUGUUCAGACGAUAAUCCCCAAAAAAUUGAAGGUCAUGAUAAUGUUGUCGAUCUUACGGAUGAAUUCUCAAGUUCUUCAAACCAAGAGCAAGCAAAGUCUCAGGAUCUCACAACAUUUUAAAUAGACAUUGAUCAUUGCUCUCCCAGUUAAAAAAACUGUGUAGUAAGACUUGUUUUCUGUGCGGAAUCUAUCUUUUCAUUCAAAGAACUUUAAAUAACAUCUUCUGAAAAUAAUGACCUUUCCACCGCAAUGAAAAUAGGUGUGUUCUUUCAGACAUUGUGUCAUUAGUCAAUGAAACAGAUAGGAAUACUUAUGACUGUAAGAAAGUCUCUUUGUCUACUUAUGCCUGGUGCAUGUGUCCCUUUAUUGAAUUUCAGGGUGCCAGAGAUAUAGGAACUGAACAGUUUUAUAAAGAGGAAAAAACCUUACUUUAAUCUAUAUUUAGUCACUCGUAUCCAUAUUUGUAUCUAAAAGUGAAACUGUUCGUAUAGUGCUCAUAUGAAGCUUAAAGAAAAAUAAAUAACUAAAUACAAUAAAAAACAACAUAUUGCACUGUAAAAAUUUAAAAUUUUAUUGUGUUUAUAAAAAUCCCUUGCCUUUGAUAACUAGACUAUAGCACGGACAUAUAUUCCCUGCAUAUAGCCUGUAGUGAAGGCGUGAACAACUAUGUACCUAGCCCAGCAUAUUGACUUGCCAGUAUCAGUAAAGAACUCUGUCUUAAAGAAGUAAAGGCUCUGUAAAUCUUCACACCUCCAUACUUGUCUGGACUCAUUAGAAACAGUAAACCAAUAGAAAUGACCAUACCUGAUUUUAUUAAACUUCCAAAAGAAAGAAAAUGCUCAUAAAAAAAAAAA